AUGGAGAUGCAAUCGGGCAAAUUUCCACAUCUUCAGUUACCCUGGAUUGAAACUACCUUGAUUGAGCUGUUGAUGCGAGAGGGCGGAACGUUGACCGAGGGGCUUUUCCGAGUUCCGGCCGAUCCGGAACAAAUGAACACUGCCAGGGCCCGUUUGGACCAAUGGGUGGUUCCGGUUUUGCACGACCCCCAUGUGCCAGCGGCUCUUCUGAAGCUCUGGCUUCGUCAACUGCCCGAGCCGCUCAUUCCCCAUCAGUUUUACCAGCGUGCUCUUGCCGGUUGCGAUAACCCAGCUGAAACUGCGCGCAUCACGGAGCUUUUGCCGAACGUAAAUCGACUGGUCCUGGCCAAGCUGAUUUCUCUGUUGCAAGAUCUGGCGCAGGACGACGUCGUGGCGCAUACAAAGAUGGAUAGCUCGAAUCUGGCGAUGGUGAUCGCCCCAAAUGUUUUGAGGUGUGAAUCCGAGGAUCCGAGGGUCAUUUUCGACAACACCCGACGCGAGAUGACGUUUAUGAAGACUCUGAUCACCAGCUAUGAUACAUCUUUCGUCAGAAACGUAUCU